CUUUUUUCACCCGCCUGUAGUCCGCUUCCCAUCCUUGCUGCGGAUAUUUUGACAGUAAUCUCGCAGUACGGAGUAGAUGUUCGUUUAUAAGGGUAGGUAAAACGCCUGGGUGAAGGUACAAGAUGGCCAGGCGGGAGCAGUGUCGAGACAUAAGUGCUGGUUACCUCCAGGGACUCUCUCUGCUCACUGCCUGCCAUAUCACAUACAUACGCACAGAAAGGCCCCCCCCUGUGCCAGGCCUUCCCUUGCUUCCAGGGUUAUUAUUUAUCUCCAAGCAACCUCGAGGGCCGCAAAGGUUCGUCCGCCGAACCAGGAUGGAAAGAAGGGCCUUCUGCUGCUGAUGGAAUAGCCAUAUAAAACCUCCCUGCCCUUCACCACUCUACCAACCCCUACGCCCUCCCCGUCCCUCUGCUCCUUCGCCAUCGCCAUCUCCUUUUCUUCUUCGCCUUGUCCUUCGUCUUCCUCGUCUUCCUCGUCUUCUCCUUCGCCUUUUUACGUCCGAGAAAAUAACCGCGCUUAUUAAUCCAUCCGGCCAAACGAGAGCGAAGUAUAAGUUCGGCCGCCGGCGCAACUGGAACGAUAUUUCCCCCCCAAGUGUUAUACGCUCUAUAUUUAACCAGAUAAAUCACACAUAUUCACUGUUGUGUCUACGAUGUCUUCUCCCUGAGCACUGCUGCAUGACCGGUUGACAUCCCCGCCGCUAUGGGUUUACUGUACGGAACGCUUCCUCUUCCUCCCUUCUUCCGUAAAAUUGAUCUGCUAACAAUUGACAAUCGGACUGGCAGCGCGCUUGGCACACCACUGGCAUGGCCGGAAGCAAAGAAGAGAGCCGGCCAGGUGAGGGAAUGGGGUAUCGAGGUAUUGCCCUCCGUCUUGUUCGCGUCUGCCUCUCUGCGUCGUGCAGGAAGAAAGACUCUCUCGCUCGAUGGUGCGGCUUUAGUCUGAUGUUUUGUGCCGUAGCAACUACUCGCCAUAUGGAAGAAGGCCCGGGGAAAGGAGCGUGAUGCGCUCCUGUGGGGUGACGAGGUAUGUGGGAUGAGUGCUGCUGGAAGAUAAGGUCGAUCAUUACAGCUGCUAACGGGGUUCUUUUGCUAGGUUGAAUAUCUCGUCGUUGCGGUUGACGAUAAGGAGGAAAAAGUACGGCUAUCUCUGUGUCAGGCAGAGAUUCUCAAGGCGCUUGCGCAGGAUGCAGAGCUGUCCAAGAGAGCUGCUGUCAACGGAGAUGCUAUAGAGUACGAUUUACUCGAUUAUGUCAAGUCCAUACUUAUGUUUUGAGGUGAUUUCUGACUUGCCGGUAUAGAAAGGAGCCUCUGCCGACAUUCCAUCCUGAAUUCGGCCGUUUCAUGCUCGAAGCCACACCGGGCAAACCAUGGGGAAUCGGCUUCAAGGAGCUACUCAAGGUAGAGUCCAACAUGAAAUGGAGGCGAGUUACGGCCAAAAAUCACAUGGCUGCAAACGAAUACCCCAUCACGCUCACUACAUUCCCCCGCCUAGGGUGCAGUGACGAUUUUACCUUGCCAUCAUACCCUCUGUCAGGACCAGCCCUGCGCUCGCAGUUUGUUCCUGACGAGAUAGCAAACCCUCACAUCAGGUUUCCGACUCUGGCAGCCAACAUCCGUUCGCGCAGAGGGAGGAAGGUUGAGUUGAACGUGCCAGUGUUCAGAGACACUAAUACUCCAUGGCCAUUCAAGGAUCCUACCGUCAAUUACGACUUGCAUAACUGGCCAGAAGAUGAUGAUGUACGGAACGGAGCUGCAAAGGAAGGCAAUGUGUACAUGGACGCCAUGGCCUUUGGCAUGGGCAGCUGUUGUUUACAGAUCACUUUUCAAUGCAAAAAUAUUACCGAGGGGAGGAAGUUGUACGAUCAACUCAGUCCCCUGGGACCUAUAAUGUUGGCCCUGACCGGGGCAACGCCUAUAUAUAAGGGAUUCCUCGUCGACACCGACGUCAGAUGGAACCAGAUCGGCAAUGCGGUUGACUGCAGAACGCGAGAGGAGCUAGGAGAAGUUCCCCUUAAGAACGAUAGAUGGCGCAUCCCGAAAUCGAGAUAUGCAUCAAACUCAACAUAUAUAUCACAAGACCCCCAUCUACGGCCAGAGUACAUGGACCCCGAUCUCGUAAUCGACGAAGACAUCAAAAAGAAGCUGAUGGACGGUGGCAUGGAUGAGCUCCUCGCAACUCAUUUCGCCCACCUAUUCAUCCGCGACCCCAUCGUCAUUUUCAACGAAGAUCUCCAGGAACUCGACCUUACCAAGACAGACCACUUCGAGAACCUCCAAUCAACCAACUGGCAGCAUAUUCGCUUCAAACCCCCACCCGCCGACAACGACAUAGGCUGGCGAGUCGAGUUCCGGCCCAUGGAAAUCCAAAUCACCGAUUUCGAAAACGCCGCCUUUAGCAUCUUCAUGGUCCUAAUCACCCGCGCCAUACUUAGCUUCGACCUAAACUUCUACAUCCCAAUACCCCGAACAACAGAGAACAUGGAGACUGCCCACGCCCGUAACGCCGUGCUUGAUGAGAAAUUUUAUUUCCGCAAGGAUCCCUUCCCGCAUCGGUACCCGAGAUCGCAGCGUCAUCAACAAUCUCGUCCCUCGUCACCGCCAGAUGGCUCGACACCAUCACCACCUCCUUCAACGACACCGUCUUCUCCGCUCUUACAGCCCAUUGAGUCAGAAUACACCCUCAUGAGUGUCAAUGAUAUCAUCAACGGCUCACCAGAUGGGUUCCCAGGUCUCAUUCCGCUUGUAGAAUCGUACUUGGACAGCCUCAACGUCGAUGUCGAGACGAGAUGCGCGCUAGCCAAGUAUCUAGACCUUAUUCGCCGUCGUGCAGAUGGUUCUCUUUGGACAAAUGCUAGAUGGAUACGAGAAUUCGUUGCAAAGCAUCCUGAUUAUAAACAAGAUAGCGUUGUUUCGGCGAAGAUCAGCUAUGAUCUCGUCAAGGCCGUGGAGGAGAUUACGGAAAAAGAAGGCAAGGAUGGAAGUAUAGGGUGGGAAAUGUUUACUGCAAAGAAGCAUUAAAUAUAUAAAUAAUAAAGACCUUAGCUCGUAAAAAAGAAUAGAUAUA